AUGGAUUUCUCCCUGGGGAUGAAUGCACAAGAGUUUCGUGGAAGGAACAGAAUGGCAGCUUCGACGGAUGACCACUUACAGAACGGAGAUGAUCGCUCACUAACAGAAGAGGGGGAGUUCCUAACCGAAGACGACCUCGACGUGGACGACAUUUACAACUACGAAUCGCUCACCGAAAUGAAAAACAGACUCAUAAUAAAAAAAAACAAAAGUGACGAGGUGGACACAUUUUAUGGAGUCAUAGGGAAAGUACCAAAUGAGCGUGAGCAGGAUACCCACGAAAUUGGCAGCCCAAACAGGGAGCAUAUAAAUCGGAUGCAGGAGGAUGAACUGAUUAGCAGAAUUGUAGACGUAAAAAUGAUUUCCCAGGUGAAGAAGGAGAAGAGGAAAUUGCAGCAGGGGAUGAUCCCCCCAUAUGAGGGUGGUACAAGCGAUAUAUUUUUCGAUGAAGUGUCCAAGGGGAGUGACGAACCGGUUGGGUUAAAUAUGGAGAAUCCUUUGCAUGUCGAUCGUCCGCCGGGGCCACGUUCGGGCUUUCCCACCCCGAAGGGUGAGCAGAAGCAGCAACAGCAGAAAAAGACGCAAACGAGUGGGAAAUUGCCGAAUCGAGAAAAACACCCAAACAGUGACAACUACAUGGAGGAAGAGGACGGGACAAACCGCCCCCAAAGCAACGACUGUCAGUACCAACAGGAAAAUGAAGCUCUCUUCAGUGAGAUCAAAAGGACCUUUAAAAAAUACGGCGUGUGUAACACACAGAUUGUCGAAAUGUAUGAACACAUCCUGGACCUCUUCGAGGAAUACAAAUUGCGAAAAGAUGAAUCGGGACAGGUGAAAACUUUAGUGGAAAAUUGCAAAAAUAAGUACAUCGAAUUGAAGGAAAUAAGAAGGAAGAGAACAAAAGAACUUGUCUCCUGUGCAAGCUUCCUUCCAUUCUUUUAUCAUCUGAUGAAGCUUAUCAAGGCGAAGAACAAUCUGCUGGACAACGCACUAGCAGAGUCCUCCGAGAUUGACGUCACUUUUUUUAUUGUGUACCAAAAUUUGAAGUUAUACCUUUAUAGGAAGUACUACGAAAAAUACAAGCUCAUUUUUGUGAAGGAUUAUAUUUACAACAAGAAAUAUUACAAACGGAAGAAAGAGAGGGACAAGAACGAGCUGCUCACAGGGAUGCUAACCGAUGGAGUUGUCCCGGACUGCCAAUUGGUGCAUGACUGCGCACUCUUUAACGAGCGCUUUGUCAAUGGGGUCAACCACCCCAAUGGGUUCAACGACACACGUGUGCACUACAUGUUUGAUGGGUUCUCCAGCAAUUACUCCACUGAUUCGUCGGCGUCCUCCGAUUGGGCCGAGGCCACAAACACCGCAGUGAAGAAUGACGAGACCACUACAAACACUGCAAUGAAGAAGGACGAAGAAACUACCACUCAAAGGAAGAAGAGGAAGGAACACAAGCAGAAGUACUUCCAGACAUACAAGAUGAAAGCGGUGAAGAGGAGGUACCUCAUAGCCAUCCGCAACAUCUUCAAAGACGUGCACUCCUAUUUUGUCAACUUUAAAAAUGCCAUCAGACAUUUUUAUUUUCUCAGAUUACACAAUGAAGAUUUUUACUUAGCACACAGUUGCAUGUCCUUAUUCGAUCCUGUUUUUCUGUUUUUUGCAAAAUGUGAGUUACUCUUUUGGGAUCCUCUCUACCAAUUCUAUCAGACCAGAACGAAGAAAAGGAAGCUACUCUCCUUGGUCGAAGAUCAAAUUGGAGGGAGCGACUCGGGGCAGAUGCAUGCCAAAUUGGUGCAGUUGUACAGAAAUGACGACUUCUUCAGUGCAAAUAAUCCUCCUCGAGGGAAGAAACACUUCCUGUCCCCUGUGCUCAAUUGGACCUAUGGAGAUGACACCGCCAAUUCGUCCCACGAGGCGGACGAGGCGGACGGAGCAGCUUCGUCGGUGGAUCCCUUCCCAGGGGACCCAUCCACCGAAGACGAGAUCGACCACAGCACGCAAUCGUCCGAAUCGGAGGACGCGUUUUCUUUCACCAGUUCCAGCGAAGCAGCGGGGGGGGGAGGGGCAAAAGUCGGAGAAUCGUCAAUCUCGGGAGAAUCACCAAUCUCGGGAGAAUCACCAAUCGGGGAAAAACCGCCAAUCGGGGAAAAAUCGCCAAUCUGGGAAAAACCCCCUGUGGAGAAAAAAAAAAAAUACAAACCCGCGAAGAAACACUUCCACAACAACCCCAGCGUUAAAAGCUUCGAGUGGUACAAAUUUAUGGACGAGCUGAUGUAUAUCUACCAAGUGGACGACGAAAAGGAGGUCCUGAAAAAGUUGUAUGACCAAAUUUUUAACAAUAAGGUGCACGAAUUAGUGGAGGCAUGGAACCCCCUAUCCUUGAAGCAGAGCUACAAUUUGUGCGUAAUCCUGGCGGAGUACCUCCUCUACAAUCAGGACCGGACACACGUUACCGACAUGGUGAAAGAGAAGAUAAACAACUGCGUGUUUACUUUUUUCGAGGGCUAUAAAAAUAUAAGUAGCCAAAAGAAGAAAAACAUCUUCCUAAUGAGGUGUUUAAAGAUAGUAAAAAGUGUAAGGGGCAUCCUUUCUCUGCUGAGUGACGAUGCCCUUCACGAUUUUGUUAAAAAAAUAUUCUACAACUUUGUCCUGACGAAUUAUGAUUAUUCCAGCAAAUUACACAACUUGAUUGUGUCCGCCGUGGUGCACAUAAUCCUCUCGUUGGGUAUUCCAAAGGAGAGCAAAUUUUUUCAAGACAUUUCCACUGUGUUGUGUGGCAUCACGGAUAGGCUGCGCUCAGGCGACUUCGACCACGGAAAGUUCAAGGUGGAGAAUUAG